AUGCUCGACCUCAGAGGAAAAGUCGCCCUCGUCAUAGGCCUUGGCCAAACCGGCUCAGAAGGCUGGGGCAUUGGGGCCGCCUGCGCCGUCACUUUUGCAAAGCAGGGCGCCAUCAUUUUUGGUGGAAACCGCACUAUCGAGUCAACAGCCAAGACAAAGCAGGCCAUUGAAGAAAUCGGAGGCGUCUGCGAUGUCGUCGCUACCGAUGCCACCUCUUCAGAAUCUGUAAAAGCGCUCGUGGACGCGUGUCUGGCAAAGCACGGCCGCAUCGACAUCCUCCUAGCAAACGUCGGGCAAUCCCAGCCCGGGUGCCCUGCAACCAUGUCCGAGGAGACGUGGGACUCUCAGAUCGAGAUCAAUCUCAAGACCGUCUACCUCGCAUGUCACCACGUCUUGCCUGUGAUGGAGAAGCAGGAGACGGGCGGGAGCGUUGUGUGCAUAUCGAGCAUUGCGGGAUUGCGGUACAUCGGGAAGCCGCAGGUCGCCUAUAACACGACCAAGGCGGCAAUUAUGCAGUUCGUCAAGGCGACAGCCGUCAUCUAUGCCCCCAGAAAGGUGCGGCUGAAUACCGUUGUUCCGGGGUUGAUGGAGACGCCGUAUACCAAGAGUUUGGCGUCGAGAUUUCCGAUGGAGGGCGGGUAUGAGGCGUUCAAGAAGAUGAGGGAUGAUCAGGUGCCAAUGGGGAGGAUGGGGGAUGCGUGGGAUGUUGCGAAUGCGGCGGCGUUUUUGGUCUCUGAUGAGGCGAGGUAUAUCACAGGGCAGAAGAUUGUGGUUGAUGGAGGGAUUACUUCUUCUACAGGACGGACAUGA